UUGGUUUGACUGACGUGCGAACGAUUGCGUGCGGAGGGGCGUGGACUCGGCGCUCAUAGUCCCGCCCCCUCGGCUUGAUGGACGUGUGCCCUUGAGCUCUCUGGAGAAAUUAAUCGCAAAGUGUUCGCUAUGGAUGACGCGUCCAAACGCGCGCUUCAAGCAGAAGUCGGCGCGCUGCUGAGCUCGGUGUCGGUGUGAUUACCAGAUUAUCGCUGUCCCGCGGGAGAACGCAACGCAACGCAACGCAACGGGCCAUUGCUGUGGCGGCGUGGGAAAAGUUUCUCUUACGUGACUCGCAGUCGCGUCGCGUCGCGUCCGGAAUAAUCGGCGUCCAUGCAGCAACGCGGAGCGGCUAUGAUUGUGAACGGAGUCGCGGAGCUCUGAGGUCUGAUCAUGGAGCAGCGCAACGGGACGCGACGCUCCAAGCCGCCGCAGCUGCGCAUCAACGCGCCGAGCACCGCGCGAGAGAGAGCGGCCAGUGUGGAUCCGUACGGCUUCGAGCGCUCCGAUGAUUUCGACUAUGAGUCCUACGAGGAGCUGAUGUCCGAGUAUCUGGCCGUUCUCACCAGGAGGUCCAUCAAGUGGUCCAAACUUCUGCAGGGGAAGCGGCGAGUGGACCGGAACCUGAAGGUGAAGCGGUACGUACGUAAGGGCGUCCCAAACGAGCAUCGUCCGCUGGUGUGGAUGACAGCGAGUGGAGCGCAGGAGCGUCUGGAGAGGAACCCCGGCUACUAUCAGUCUCUGCUGGACGCUCAACACGACCCCAGACUAGUGGAGACCAUCCGCACCGAUCUGCACAGAACUUUCCCGGAUAACAUUCACUUCCGUAAGUCGGCGAAUCCAUGUCUGCAGAAGGAGCUGUUUAACGUGCUGCUGGCGUACGGACAGCACAAUAAAGCAGUCGGUUACUGUCAGGGAAUGAACUUCAUCGCAGGAUAUCUGCUCAUCAUCAGUAAGGACGAGGAGACGUCGUUCUGGCUGAUGGAGGCGCUGCUGGACAGAAUCCUGCCAGAUUACUACACCCCGGCCAUGCUGGGUCUGAAGGUGGAUCAGGAGGUUCUGGGAGAGCUGGUCCGGCUCAAGGCUCCGGCGGUCUGGAGGCUCCUGCAGGAUCACGGUGUCAUGUGGACUCUAGUGGUCUCGCGCUGGUUCAUCUGCCUCUUCAUCGACGUUCUGCCGGUGGAGACGGUUCUGCGGAUCUGGGACUGUCUGUUCUACGAGGGAUCUAAGAUCCUGUUCCGUGUGGCUCUGACGCUGAUCCACCAUCAUCAGGACGAGAUCCUGCAGGCGCAAAACCUGCCAGACGUCUGCGAGUGCUUCAAACGCAUCACCAGAGGAGCCUUCGUGGAGGACUGCCACGCUUUCAUGCAGAGGAUCUUCCAGGAGCCCGGGAGUCUCUCCAGGUCCACGGUCACUAAACUGCGUCAGAGCUGCCGCGCUCAGAUCACGGCCGGAGAAUCCUGACGCUCAAACAUUCCCUCUGAGAGUGUGCUCGCUCAGUAGUGUGCACUCACAGACUCUGUCAUAAAGAUGUAUUUUCUUACAUUUGUAGAUGUAGAAGAAUCACAGAUGCUGGACUCGAUGUCUUUAAUACUUCCUCUUCUUAGUCUAAGACCAAUAAUACUGUGACUUACAGCUCUUCCAGACUGAUGUGUGUUUGAGCACAAGCACCAUCUGCUCCAACCCUGCAGCUCACUUCCAUUAAAGCUAAAUAGUCGAGAAAUACAUUUAUAUAAGCAUAGCUGAUAUUUGUUUACAAAACUAAUUUAAAUAAUUUAUGCAAAUGCCUUUGACAAAAAUAAAAAAUCAUAAUAAA